UGUUUUUUGAAGCGUAGCAUUCAGUGAAGUGUGAGCUCCAACUACGUUGACUGCGAAAUUUUGUCAAUGGGGGUCGUUCGUUCAAAGUCACAAUCCAUCUGCACUGACUGGAGAACUUCCCAGUAUAUGGAAUUAUACAUAAUACAAGGAUGGAACCCGCUUUGCGAGAAGAGCCUUUGAAAAAUACGAAGGACGUUGUCGAUGGCGAUGCUGAUGUUGAUACGUUGACCAGUAGAGUAGACAAGCUACGUCUAGAUCUAGCAGAAUUGGGAUGUUCAAUCAAAGGUAACAAGCAGACAUUACAAAGACGACUCAAGCAGGCAAAGAAGAACGGCAUCAGCUUGGUAAUAAACGAGCCACCCGUGCAAAAGGACAGUAGCGAGAAGGAAAAACUGUCUAGCAAAUUAGUGAAUGAGAACUUUGGCUCACAGAAAAGCCUUCCAAACCAACCUUUUGAUUACUACCUGUUCUUCGACGUUGAAGCUACCUGUGAAAGGGAUACCAAAAACUACCCCCAUGAAAUCAUUGAAUUUCCUGUCCUACUUGUGGAUGGCGAGUCCUUUGAUAUUGUUGACCAAUAUCGAUCGUAUGUAAAGCCGUCCAUCAACCCGACAUUGUCGGAAUUCUGUACCAGUUUGACCGGUAUAUCUCAACAAACGGUGGAUAAUAGUCCGGAUUUCAUCGAUGUUUUAAAUGAAUUUCAAGUGUGGAUGGCGAAAUAUUCACUUUUUCAGGACAAGACUGCAAUAUUUGUUACAGAUGGUCCCUUUGACAUCAACAAUUUCAUUGCCAAGCAAUGUAACCAUGACAACAUAUCUAUACCAAUGUACUUUCAUCAAUGGGUGGAUAUACGAAGAAUUUAUGCCAGAUUUUAUAAUUGCAGGCAAGAGAAUAUAACAGGCAUGCUAGCAGCACUACAUAUGGAUUUUGAAGGCCGAGCGCAUUCUGGGCUAGACGAUGCAAGGAAUGUCUAUAAUAUAGCCAAGCGCAUGAGGGAUAAAGGUUGUCGAUUCAAGAAGACUACGAAAUAUCGCGCCGCAGCGAGGUGAAUAGUCAGCCAAGCUAGCGGACAGCGGAGCGCGUUCACGGCCGAUUUUUUAAAAUCUCUGGCACCAAAAAAAAAAAAAGUCAACGCGUCUCUGUAUAAGCAACUCACCGUCAUAGAACUCUCCCUUGACUGAUGGAUUUCUUAACGUCUGUUGACAGACUGCAGAAUCAACUUUCAAAAUACAAACGCAGAGAUCUGCCGGGCAAAACAGUCGAUGCUGCUUCCGAUUCAAUAGUACCUUGGUAGAGAUUGUUUAGACUUGCCAUUUCGUUUGAGUGGUCGAAUUCAGAAAUUUAACUUGCCUACAAAUGUACAUAGGGAUUGGGUUGCAAUAAAACUUUCGAAUCUGUUGCUACAGUAU